GGGUCUCACUGUGUCACCCAGGCUGGAGUGCAGUGGCACGAUCUCGGCUCACUGCAACCUCUGCCUCCCGGGUUCAAGCAAUUCUCCUGCCUCAGUCUGCCGAGUAGCUGGAAUUACAGGUGUGCGCCACCACGCCUGGCUAGAUUUUUUGUAUUUUUAGUAGAAACAGGGUUUCACCAUGUUGGCCAGGCUCGUCUUGAACUCCUGACCUCAGGUGAUCUGCCUGCCUCAGCCUCCCGAAAUGCUGGGAUUACAGGCAUGAGCCACAGCACCUGGCCUGGGUGCCUCAUUUUCUGUCAGUAUACAGAAGGCAAAUUCAUAGGGCUGGAUUAUUUUGAUGACCUUUCUAACUAUACAGUGUUUUCUUUGUUAAAAUAAAUAAGAGAUUUAAUUUUUCCUUAACCAAGUUAUUUUGGUUGUUAAAUAUGAAGACCAAUGGUGUGAAUCCUUAAAUCAGGAAUAUGUGUGAUUCUUUAGUAUUAAGAUAUCUGCAAUACAUGGAAUUAUAAUCUCACUUUCAAUAAUAAUUUAGUAAACAGUUAUAAAUCUACUAUAUGCUAGGCAUUAAAAUUUUUUAAAAACUUAGUAGAACAGAAAUUUUGUUUUCUAAAGGUAUGAGAUAUUGUUGAGAAAAACAUUAUGUAAACAAGUAAUUUUAAUGACAUAAUAGUAAUAACAAUGAAAGUACGGACGUGAGAGCCAUUAGUUCUACUUUAAGAUGUCAGGGAAGACCUGGAGAGGUGACAUUUGAGCUGAAUCUCAAGGAAACAGUUCAAUAUUGUCAGAUGUGUAUGGUAGAGGGAUACCACACAAGAGGUACCAAAGUCAUUCAGCAAAAAUCUUUGAGCUUCUACUGUGUGUCAGAGAAUGUUUUAGGCAGCUGAACAAAACAAAACAGUUGUCUAGUUGUUCUAGACAAAUGAACAAAACAAAUGACUUUUUUUCUGCCACUUUCAGUGAAACAUGUAAAGGCAUGGAAGUGAGGUAAAUAAUACAGAAUGGCUGAGUCGAGAGGAGUCUGGGGGUACCUGACAAGAAAAAAGCAGAAGCCCCAUCACACCAGGAAGUUUGAAUGUAAUCCUGUAGGCUACUGAUGUCCAAUCCCAGAGCUCCAGAGAUACUGGUGUGUCAUGAAGUUAUGACAAAGGAAUUAGCAAUCCAUGCUUAGAUAUUAAGCAUGCAUUGCCUGUGGAUUUUAAUAAAAUGUCUUUUACACCUAUUUUUACACUACUUUUCAAUUUUUUGUAGUUAUUUUGAGUAAUAGAAACUCAUUUAAACAUAUGAAUUCAUAAUACCUUUUUUGACAAUUUUUAUUUCCUCAAUCGUGUGGUACUGUCACUGUAACUACUUUUAAGUAAUCAUCAAAAUGGUUAAUUUUUAAAAGAGGUCCUAAAAUAUUCAGCCUGGCAUCUCCUGCUGGUGUUGAACCUGUUAAAACUUCUAGAGCUACCAUCUAAAACUUCAGUUAAUAUUUGACGAGCUCCAUCUAAGUGCCAAGCACUGCUCUACCCACUAGGAUUACAAACAUUAAUAUAAAACAAGGUCCAUGUCCUCAGGGAACUUACAGUCGUAAUGAACUAGAGUCUAGAUUAAAAAUAAAUAAGACUGAAGUAAGCAUGGAGAAAAGGGUGUAGAUUCAGGAUAUGUUAAGGAGGUAGUAACUCUUAAUCAGUGAGAAUCUCUCACUGAAAGCAGACUACUAGAAUAGAAGCAAAGACCAGAUUCUUAGGAAAAGAGCUAAUGUUUUGCUAAUACAGGGGGAAGAAAGCUCUAUAUUUUAUUAAGAAUAUUGUUUUCUCCUAGUAAAAAGCCUAAUCAAUCUCCAGAGAACAAGGAUAUUAAUAAUUUAUGGAUCUGUGAACAUGCCUCUACUGCUUGAUUUUUCUCUGCCUGGUAAUAAGGUAUAAACCUGUGAAAUAAUCUUAAGUCAAACCAUGAAAAUAUGUAAUGUAAAUGAUGUAAAAAAUUCAUCUGGAUCUGACACCUUCACAAUGAUGUUGCAGAACAGUCAUUCUCUAUGUUGAUCUCUGUACCUUCAGCCCAGCAAGCUUACUUCUCUUACUUCUUUCAGAUUUCAGCCUUCUUUCCUACACACACACACACACACACACAUACACACACACACUUCCUUUCUUUCCUCGCAAAGAAAGACAGCUAUUGACUAGAAGCCCAGAAUUGCCCCCAAGUUCCGACCACCAGCUCGAAUUCUUAUGAAGUGGACUUGUAAUAUCCUUAAUGUUGCUGUUGGCAGUCAGUUACAGAUUCCAUUAUUGUCGAUCAGUGCAGUCGCCAUGCGAGGUGGGGGGAGGAAUGGAGGAGGAGAAGAAAGGAGGGAUGAGAGCUUCCUAUUCACAGAUUUAUCAACCUGCCUUUUCUUGCAGGAAAUCUUCGUAAAGGGGGCUGUUGAAAUAGCUAAAGCAGGAAGGGGAAGGGGGCUGCAGUUCUUGCGGAGGACUGAAAGGAAAUUUGAAAACCUUUCCCCUCAAAACAAAACAAAAUGCUGAAUUUGUUCUUUUGUCUUUGUUUUUGUUUGAUAUGCUUUACUUAACUGAUUAGCUAUUGUGCUGUCUGGUUAUCUAAGCUGCUUCCAGUGUAGGAACCUGUUUCUUUUUCUUUGAGUGUCUUUAUUCUUUAUUUACGUAUGAUUUUUCCUGUCAUUAAACACACUUCAUUAUUCAGUGUUAUCCUGGCUUUUUCUUUCAGACUAAAGCCUAACACCAAGAGACAGAAGGACAAAUCUCCCUUCUCUUCUCUUAUACCACCCUCUUUUAACCCUAUUUCUUUCCCCCUCCCCCUGGUUGUAUUAGAUUGAUGUCACAGAGACAGAAUUCAGAGUGGAGGGAGGAUCACAUUUUCUCUUUCAUCAUUACUGCCUAGCCAGCAAUUUAAGUGUUGGACCCCCAAGAAUUUAGUCUCUGUAUCCUUUUUUUCUCACUUCAUCAUUCAGUAAUUGUGCUCUGUAUGGAAAAGUUUUCUGGCUGGAGAAUGAGUCUCCUUUCCCCCGGUGAUGUGGCGGAGUGGUUGGAUAGUAGCACCGAAGAAGAGAAGAGCCUUCUGUCAUUUCUGGAGGUACCAGCAGAAAGGUCCCCUCGUAGACGGAGUAUCUCAGGGACCAGUACAUCAGAGAAACCCAACUCCAUGGACACUGCAAAUACCUCACCCUUCAAAGUACCAGGAUUCUUCAGCAAGCGCCUGAAAGGCUCCAUCAAGAGGACCAAAAGCCAGUCAAAGCUUGACAGAAACACGAGCUUUCGGCUUCCAUCCCUUCGCAGUACAGAUGACAGGUCUCGUGGGCUGCCUAAACUAAAAGAGUCACGUUCCCACGAAUCCUUGCUGAGCCCGUGCAGCGCAGUGGAAUGUCUGGAUCUUGGUAGAGGGGAACCUGUAUCAGUGAAACCACUUCAUAGUAGCAUCCUUGGACAAGACUUCUGCUUUGAGGUUACCUACUUAAGUGGAAGUAAAUGCUUCAGCUGUAACUCUGCUUCUGAGAGAGAUAAGUGGAUGGAAAACCUUCGCAGGACAGUUCAACCUAAUAAGGACAAUUGCAGGCGAGCUGAAAAUGUUCUUCGUUUAUGGAUCAUUGAAGCCAAGGACCUUGCCCCUAAAAAAAAAUAUUUCUGCGAACUGUGCCUUGAUGAUACCCUCUUUGCUCGUACAACCAGCAAGACCAAAGCAGACAAUAUUUUCUGGGGCGAACAUUUUGAAUUCUUCAGCCUUCCACCUCUUCAUAGUAUCACAGUUCACAUUUACAAGGAUGUGGAAAAAAAGAAGAAAAAGGACAAGAAUAAUUAUGUAGGGCUAGUCAACAUCCCCACUGCCAGUGUGACUGGUCGCCAAUUUGUAGAAAAGUGGUAUCCAGUGAGUACACCUACACCCAACAAAGGAAAGACAGGAGGACCUUCUAUUCGGAUUAAAUCACGUUUCCAAACUAUCACCAUUCUGCCUAUGGAGCAAUACAAAGAAUUUGCAGAAUUUGUCACCAGCAACUACACCAUGCUCUGUUCUGUCCUUGAGCCAGUAAUUAGUGUGAGAAAUAAAGAAGAGUUGGCUUGUGCCUUAGUGCACAUUCUUCAAAGUACUGGCAGAGCCAAGGAUUUUCUGACUGACUUGGUGAUGUCUGAGGUGGAUCGUUGUGGAGAGCAUGAUGUCUUGAUCUUCAGAGAGAACACUAUUGCCACCAAAUCCAUUGAGGAAUACCUCAAGUUGGUGGGACAACAGUAUCUUCAUGACGCACUGGGGGAAUUUAUCAAAGCUUUGUAUGAGUCCGAUGAGAACUGUGAAGUGGAUCCCAGCAAAUGUUCAUCUAGUGAACUGAUAGACCAUCAGAGCAACCUGAAAAUGUGCUGUGAGCUGGCUUUCUGCAAGAUCAUCAACUCUUACUGUGUUUUCCCUCGUGAGUUGAAAGAAGUGUUUGCAUCAUGGAAGCAGCAGUGCCUGAACCGUGGCAAGCAAGACAUCAGUGAGAGGCUCAUCAGUGCCUCAUUAUUUCUCCGUUUUCUGUGUCCAGCCAUUAUGUCUCCCAGUCUUUUCAACCUUAUGCAGGAGUAUCCUGAUGACCGCACAUCUCGGACUCUAACUCUUAUUGCCAAGGUCAUUCAGAACCUGGCCAACUUUGCCAAGUUUGGUAACAAAGAGGAAUACAUGGCAUUCAUGAAUGAUUUUUUAGAACAUGAAUGGGGUGGAAUGAAGCGCUUUCUUUUGGAGAUCUCUAAUCCAGACACCAUCUCAAACACCCCAGGCUUUGAUGGUUACAUUGAUCUGGGCCGAGAGCUUUCAGUUUUGCAUUCCUUACUGUGGGAAGUAGUUUCCCAACUUGAUAAGGGUGAAAAUUCCUUCCUACAGGCAACCGUGGCAAAAUUGGGGCCUCUCCCUCGUGUUCUUGCUGAUAUUACCAAGUCAUUGACUAAUCCUACGCCAAUACAACAGCAACUAAGACGCUUCACUGAACAUAACUCCAGUCCAAAUGUCAGUGGAAGCCUCUCCUCUGGGCUGCAGAAAAUAUUUGAAGACCCCACUGACAGUGAUUUGCAUAAACUAAAAUCUCCAAGCCAGGACAACACAGACGGCUACUUCAGAGGGAAAACAUUAUUGCUGGUUCAGCAAGCCUCCUCUCAGAGCAUGACUUAUUCUGAAAAGGAUGAAAGGGAAAGUAGCCUUCCUAAUGGUCGGAGCGUCUCCCUCAUGGACCUCCAGGACACUCAUGCUGCUCAAGUGGAGCAUGCAUCUGUCAUGCUUGACGUGCCUAUACGCUUGACCGGAAGCCAGCUUUCCAUAACCCAGGUGGCCAGCAUCAAACAGCUGCGGGAAACCCAGAGCACUCCCCAAAGUGCACCCCAAGUGAGAAGGCCCCUGCACCCAGCCUUGAACCAGCCAGGUGGCCUUCAGCCCUUGUCGUUCCAGAACCCUGUCUAUCACCUCAAUAACCCAAUUCCAGCAAUGCCAAAGGCCUCUAUAGAUUCCAGUUUGGAGAACCUAAGCACUGCUAGUUCCAGAAGCCAAAGUAACAGUGAAGACUUCAAGCUCAGUGGACCCAGCAAUAGCAGCAUGGAAGAUUUCACUAAACGUAGCACUCAGAGUGAGGACUUCUCCAGGCGGCACACUGUGCCAGACAGACACAUACCUCUUGCUUUGCCACGACAAAAUAGUACUGGGCAGGCCCAGAUCCGCAAAGUGGACCAGGGUGGGUUAGGUGCCCGAGCCAAAGCCCCACCAUCCCUGCCACACAGUGCUUCCUUACGUAGCACUGGGAGCAUGUCAGUGGCAUCCGCAGCCCUGGUGGCCGAACCUGUACAGAAUGGGAGCCGGUCCCGGCAGCAAUCCUCUUCCUCCAGAGAGAGCCCCGUUCCCAAAGUGAGAGCAAUCCAGAGACAACAGACACAGCAGGUUCAGUCACCUGUGGACUCUGCCACAAUGUCCCCAGUAGAGAGGACAGCAGCCUGGGUUCUGAACAAUGGGCAGUAUGAAGAGGAUGUGGAAGAAACUGAGCAAAAUCAAGAUGAAGCCAAGCAUGCUGAGAAGUAUGAACAAGAAAUUACUAAACUGAAGGAGCGCCUGAGAGUGUCCAGCCGGCGACUGGAGGAAUAUGAACGCCGCUUGCUGGUGCAGGAGCAGCAGAUGCAGAAGCUGCUGCUGGAAUACAAGGCCCGACUGGAGGACAGCGAGGAGCGGCUCCGAAGACAGCAGGAAGAAAAAGAUAGCCAGAUGAAAAGCAUCAUCAGCAGGCUAAUGGCUGUGGAAGAGGAACUGAAGAAGGAUCAUGCGGAGAUGCAAGCAGUUAUUGAUGCAAAGCAGAAAAUAAUUGAUGCACAGGAAAAACGGAUCGUGUCCCUGGAUUCAGCCAACACCAGAUUGAUGAGCGCGCUGACCCAAGUGAAGGAGCGGUACAGCAUGCAGGUCCGCAAUGGCAUCUCCCCCACCAACCCCACCAAGCUUUCCAUCACGGAGAAUGGUGAAUUCAAAAACAGCAGCUGCUGACGGGCUUUGUGAAUAGACAGGCUGUGGAAGGAGACAGAAGGAAAAUUGACCCACUCUCCUAUCCCCAGACCUUUACCUAGCCCCUCCAGGUUUACAGAAAGUUGCUACUUCACAAUGGCAAUGUGGUGAGAAACUCUUGAAUGAAGAAAGGAACCUUGUCUUUCAGGGCAUAAGGCAGCGACUUCCAAGGUCAAUGCUUUUCCCCCACAUCUCUAUGUACAUAGGGAACUUAGUUCUGGGCCAUGUACAGAAAAUAUCACUGUAAUAUACCAAAAGGAAGUUAAUAAUGUAGAUUACCUUUUUGAUUAUUGCUAUUUUUAUUAUUGUUUUCCUCUUGUUGAAAGCACUGCAGUUGUUAGAGGAAGUAAAGUAGGAACUGUUGUGUGAGCGAGACAUGAGCCUGUAGGUUCAGUAGGUAGAGACCAAGCAUCUAUCUGAUAGAAGCACAUGGAGUGCAAUAGGACAUUGUGAGAAGGAAUUUUUCAGGGAUUCAUCUACUAGUUUAAAAACCCCACUCUGGCCCCCUUGUCCUUUCAGAAAACAUGCAAAUAUCAAGAUCCAUACAAAACAAUAAUUUAUUCCACUGAUCAACCAAGACUGGUUCUGGUUGGACAGCUAAUCUGAUUUGGGGAUUCACUGUUUCAGCGGACACAGACAAAAGCUGUUGCAUCAAAACUGGACUUUAGGAGUAAUUUCUAUUGAACUCCUGUCAAUAUGUUUAUUUCCUCUGUCUACAGCAGAUGGGAAUCUUCUCUUUUAGAUAGGGGCUUUUUUUUUUAACCCCAAUUGUAAUAAAGGGUGUUCUUUUUCCUCUUUAGAGUUUACAAAACUAUAAAUAUUUGUGUCUCCACAUACCAUCUUCAUCUUCACACAUUCACUGCGCUUUCCUCCCCAUAGUGGGAGCUGUCAUCACUAACAGGGUUUACUCUCCCCUGGAGAGGUUAUUUAAAUAGCUGUCCAUAAGCCAUCCAGAUCAACACCCUUUCUUCCAUACAGAAAAGGGCUAACCAUACCAUAGCUGGAAUCUCUGAAUAUUUCCUAUUAAAAAUUUUUUCUGUGUGUUGUUUUAAUUUUUGUUUGGGAUAAAGACUUUAUCCAUUGUACUAGCAAAUCUAUGGGGGGUAAUUUUAUCUCCAUCUUUAACUUUUAAAGUACUUCUUCCCCUUAUCCCCUCAGUAAAGAAAGGAAAUCCAAAUUUGAAGCAUCACUCUCUUAAAAGAAAAAAGAAAAAGGAAAAAAUGGAAAGUGUCAGGAUGGCACAUUCCAAUUAUUAUUCCCAUGCUCAUAGAUCUGACAAUAAUGACCCAAUUUCAACACUUGUCAUCCAUAGCCUUAUUAUUAUAGAACAGAAAAAGUCGUGGAAACGAAUUCAUUUCCUUUUUUCCAGAGGUGUGCAAUGUCAUCUUGAAUGCAACCUUGAUUACCAGAAGUAUGGAAGGUUACAUGUUAAACAGACAUUAUAUAUACAAAUAUAUAUAUACAUAUAUAUUCACACAUAUGUACAUAUAACUGCACAAAUAGGAAAAGUUCAUGCCUUCUAUGCUGUUCAGAUAUAAUGUUAAAAGGGUCUCGAACCUCUUUAAGCAAGAUCUAAGUAGUUGUUUUAUAUUGAGAAAGCAACAAUGUUUCUCGAAUAAGUUGAUGUUGAUUUUAAAUUAUAAGCUUUAAAGAAUUUUUUUUCUAGAAAAAGGGGAUGGAAAAAAAAGGACCUGAGGGAGCCAUAUGCAUCAAGUGAGUGUUUCUCCAUAACGGAAUAUUUAUAAGAGAACAUGUAUAGUGCCCUCUUUUGAGUGAUGCCGACAGACACCAAGCCCUCCUUUUCACUAAGUCCCAGGCUUGUAUUCCAGCCUCUUGAGCUCUGCCCUCUCUCAGGUGGAUCUUUGUGUUGGACCUUACGUUUCUGCAACCUCACCAUGGCCACAUAACCCACAACCUUUUAAAACAGUUUCUUUCAUAGCAAUCCCUGUUUCUGCCAGACAGAGAUGUAAAAUGGGAGUUUCUCACUGUGUUUAUCUGAUCUGCACACUUUAUAUCCAGCUGUUUUGGCACUUUUACGUUUUCGUCACCUUUGGUAUUUGUUUUGCAAAUUCUUAUACCUUCUCUCCAAGCGGAGGGCACACUGUGGUCAAAAUCAUUUAUUUUAUUAGGAAAAAGAGGUAACUGUUCCAAAGUGUAGUGUCCUUUGUUGAAGGAGGAGGGAUGUAAGCAUAGAUUUGUUCUUGUUUCUGGCUAUUCUCAGCUCAAGCCAUGUUUAAUUCAUUCUUUGUAAAAGCCUUCAAUUGUGCCACAGAAAACCUGGUAAGAGAAUUGUCAGUUUCAUUGGCCUUAAGUAUGUAAUGUGGGUGAUGUCUUGCCAUUGAGGUUUGGAAGCUCUUAAGUGCCAAUUAUGGAUUACAGAGGGCUGAUAAAAUUACUUACAUUGGGAAUUGAGAGAAGCCCAAAAAAAUCAAAUGUGCUUUUGAUGGAUAGAAUGUAUCUUAUUAGCAUUAUGGGAGCUCCUUAGAGGGCUGUCUUCACUGGAAGACUUAAUGCCCAAAACAUUUGGACAGAUUAUGCAGCCUUGUACUACCAGGUUAUCUUGAAUGAAGAAGAAAUAGUAAAAAAUAAUAAUAAUAGAGCAUUACAAGUGAGCUAAAAGUUCACAGUUGCUGAUAGAUGUUAAAUGUUAAGUUAUCCUGUGAGCCUACUCCUGUCCAAACAUUUCUCUCGAGAAUGCUGCAGUCUGUAGAACUUACUCUGAAGGAUUUUUUAAGAAGAGAAGCCACCCACAGAUGAUAAUUUUUAUGGAGAUGUUUCUUAAUUGGCUUUCCCUCAGUUCAAGUAGGUAAAUAACUUUGUUUGCUGGGAGGAGGUACAUGGCUGAAGAGAGGCAAAUAGAUUAAGAUAGCAAUGUCUUGCACUUCCUGUUUCCCUCAAAACAACACCACAUUGUGGGGCGCAAGAUAGAUCCGGGUUGAGUGGAAUUUGGAAUUCAGGUGAAGUGCUUGUAAAGUGCAUGUCUAGCUGACAACAGACUUGACCAUUAAUGAGGACAGUGUUGGUAGGAGUCAGAAAAGAGCUUCAUAUUCCCCUUUUAUAUUACUGAAGCAAUAAGCAAUCUGAGCUAAAGCAGCAAAAAGAGUCACAUUUCCAUCAGGUCAUCAUAUUCCCUGAGUCUCUGCAGUAAAAGUCAUGUCAGAGGGGAGAUUAUAACUACGUAACUAUAACAAGCACUUGAGCACUUACCAUGUUCAAGCACUAUCACCAAGGUACUGUUCGGGUUUAUGGCAGUCUAACCGUAAGAAAAAUGUGGUAAAAUGAGGUAAUCAUGCUGCUAUAGCUUUUUGCUUUUUUUCAUAUAGUAUCAAGUUGGUCAGAAUUAGCUUUCUCUGACUGGUCUGCUUCUGUGUUUCUCUGAUGGUGUUAAGAUUAUGAAAGAAAAAGAAAGAUUACCUAAGACUGCUACAAGCAUUAACUGUAUGCCCUUAAGAAUGAGCUUGACUUUGGAAGUAAAGCUUUUCAGAUCUUAGUCUACCCAGGGCCUUUGUUGAUGAGUCUGUGGUUCUGUAGACCCCUGGCUUUCACUGUGUUCUCAGAGGUACACCAGACUGAGAGCAGAGUUCUUCUUUGGAAGUCCCAGAGCAAAAUAACUGCCAUCAAGUGAGUUUGCAUUUGUCUUUGUUUCCCCUUCCAUAGAGGGUUAGUUUUAGUUACCUUUAGCUUGGAGUUCCUGAGAAGGCUGGUUAUAGGACUGAGCGUGGGAAAGGAACCUUCUUCAGGAUUACCUCAGUCCCAUCAGUCUACCCCAUUGUGACGCUGACCCUGACACACGCUUGGCACCAGACUAGACUUGUCACAGGGCCAAACCCAAAAGCCACAUGCCAUAGCUUCACUGCAUUUUCAGCUACACCUUUGGAGGCCACCUUCUCCUAUCAACUGUGGAAAGCCAAAAGGGCUCCCUUCUCCAUUCUCCUUCCCUUUUUCAAGUGUAAUAGUGAAAUCUCCUGCUUACCCCAGCAGUAAAUAGUUGCCUUCCUACCCCUUACCUGGGGGCCGAUAAUUUGAGAUACUUUGUUUUUUCAAUACGUCAGUUGAAGGAUUUAGUUUCUUAAAAGCAAGAAAUGUUGGAGUGUUGAAUUUUUAAAUAGAAUCUCUUUUCAUGUUUGAAUGAUUGUUAUUAGUUCUAGAAGCAUUCUCAUUGUCAUGGCCCAAUUAUGUAUACUCUUGGGUUUAGGAAGGACAAAAGUGAUGAAAUUUGCAUGAGAUAGAAUAAAUAUCUUAGGAAGAGUGAAAGAACCUGAGGAAGAGACAUGACCCAUAAGGGAAUGAAUGCAUAAGCAGUCUUCUCAGUAGCCCAGAGUUUCCAGGAAACAGGAAUAUUUAUAUCCCUUGCCCACUCUUAAAAUACAUAGAUACGUAAAAAGGCAGCCUCUGUAGGCAACACAUGCACACACCCACACAAAACACAAUUCCUGGGGCUUCCUUUUUCUGAAUGUUAAUCCAUUUUAUUGAGCAGUGAUUCCCAAACUUUGAGAUUUUCAGAUUUUAUGCUCUCGUUUGUUAGAUUUUAUGACAUUCUAUCAUCCUAAAAAAUGUACUAUAUGUGUUAUAUGUAUAUAUAAGUUAAAGCAACUUGAAAUUGACUUGGUUUGGCAUUGUCUCAAGAACCCUAGAUAUCAUUAUUGAUACCAUGGGGAAUCAUAGAAAUAAAGUUGAAUAUCACUGAUCUGAGAGUAGGAUCCAGAAAUAAGUAGUUUCAGUUCCUGAUCAGUUAAGCCUCAAGUGUUUGAGUAACCAACACAGCAAGACUUGGGAAAUGCAGUGAGCACCCAAGGAAAGGAAAGUGUUAGUCUUUGCCUGCAUUUCAGCAUGCAUUUUCAUUUCCUACUCAGUUGCUAUCUUCCACUUAAAUACCCUCAUUUGACCCUAGGAAGUUUUUUGGUUUUUUUUUUUUAGUUUGAGACUUAAAACCAGAUUAUUUGUUAUUGUAGAGAGAUUUCCACAGAAGUUGUGUUUUAGGGACCUCUAUCAUCUUUGUGGGGGUACAGAUAUUUAUGUGUAAAUAUCAUUUUAUGUGAUUUCCAAAUUUUCAAGGGGAACAUUUCAAUUCCCAGUUCAACAAAAGGUUGAAUACUAAUUGACUCAAUGACCACCUUCAGAAAAGUUAAAUAGUAAAUUAGGUUAAAUUUUGACUGGUGCUUAGACAUUUUCUAGUUAUAUUACCUUAAGCAGACAGCAGCACAUUAACCUGAGUUACACCUGUGAGGAAAUGACCUUCUAAAUUCAAUUUUGUUUUUCAUCUCCAGGGCCUUAAUAAGAGUGUGUUAACACACGACUAUUUUACAACGAUAGCUCUAAAUAAUUUAUUUUUUAUUUCAAGAAAGAGAAAUACACCUUAGAAAAACAAAACCCAAGAUUUUAUUUUAUUUUUAAAGCCAUAUUUUUGUGCUAGUAGCAUUUAGAUUAUUCCAUAUGUGAGAUCCGUAUCAGCAUUUCAUUACCUGGGUUUGUUCUAAAGAAGAUUUAUUUUUGUUCUGUGAAUAAUUUUUGACAGUUCUUGUACAUGUACAGAUAUAGAUACGUUUGAGGUCUUUUAUUGAUAUUCCUACAAAGAAUACAAAUAAACUUUAACUUUAAACAUUUCAGACUAAA